AUGAUGCUCGCAAACCAGGCAAGGACUGGCAUUGCUUUUGCUGAGCGGCUGCUAAAGCAGGUAAUUCUCCCAAGAUCACUUCGAUUUAAUGGAUUUGCCACCGAGACUACGACAACAGCGCAACCUUCAGAUGAUGCUUCGCUUCCAACCUCCUUUAAAAGGCGACGAAAGGAACAGUUAAUGGUCAUACCGGAUGUGUCCGAGCGUGAAUACGCAGCGAAAGUCAUACACGGACGUUCCAUCUUCGCACCCAUUCGACACGAAAAGACGCAUGGAAUACCCGUUGCGAGUCUACACGUCCGAGGGUACAAUCACCGCGAAUUAGAUCUUUUCUUGCACUUUGCUUCUCAUGCUGCGUCUGCACUUGCGAUUCCCGUCAGCGAGCCUAUCCGCCUGCCAACGCAACGUAGCUUGUGGACCGUCCCGAAAGGACCAUUCGUGCACAAGAAAGCUCAGGAGAAUUUUGAACGGAAAGUACAUAAGCGUAUGUUGCAAGCGUGGGAUGCGACGGAUAACGUUGUCGAGCAUUGGUUACGGUACAUUCAGACGUACCCACAACCGGGAGUUGGGUUAAGAAUUGUGCGUUGGCAUCGUGCCCCGCUUGGGAUUGGGAAGAAACAUACGGAACGAACGUCACAGGCGCAGUUGAAGUCGCAAGAACUCGAGAAUAUUACGAAUCGACAGCGGGUUGAGGAGGUUGCGAAGAAUAUUGUGAAGCAGGAGAUGGCGACGGCUAAGAUAGAUGAGCCUACGCCCAAAGUGAUCACACAGAAGAGCGAGGCUCCAAAAGAGUCGAAUACACGGGAGAAGUCUGGAUAG